CCUGAGCGAGCAUGGCUGGCCCGCCUACCUGCUCAAGUGUCCGCCCUGCCCUGUUCCACCCGGUCCGGCCUGGCCAGCACUCCCUGUAGAAAGAGUUCUCUCACCUGGCGGCUGGACCAAGGAAGCCAACCUCAGGCACCGGCGGGCCCAUCCUGACCAUGGUCCCUGCCCGGCUGUGUCUGCUUUGCCUCUUCAUCCCCCAGGCUUUCCCCGGGGCCCAGCCUGCAGAGGUGUAUGUGGACGUCCCGGAAAACUACGGUGGAAAUUUCCCUUUGUACUUGACCAAGCUACCGCUGCCCCGUAAGGAGACUGAGGGCCAGAUUGUUCUGUCAGGAGACUCAGGCGUGGCAGCUGAGGGCCCCUUUGCUGUGGAUCCAGAGUCUGGCUUCCUGCUGGUGACCAGGGCCCUGGACCGGGAGGAACAGGCAGAGUACCAGCUACAGGUCACCCUGGAGACAGAGGAUGGACGUGUCUUGUGGGGCCCGCAGCAUGUGCUUGUGCAUGUGAAGGAUGAGAAUGACCAGGUGCCCCAUUUCUCCCAGGCCAUCUACAAAGUUCAGCUGAGCCAGGGCACCAGGCCUGGUGUCCCCUUCUUCUUCCUUGAGGCUUCAGACGGGGAUGCUCCAGGCACAGCCAACUCGGAUCUUCGAUUCCACAUCCUGAACCAGGCCCCAUCCCAGCCUUCCGCAGAUAUGUUCCAGCUGGAGCCUCAGCUGGGGGCUCUGGCUCUCAGCCCUGAGGGGAGCACCAGCCUAGAUCAGGCUCUGGAGGGGCCAUACCAGCUGUUGGUACAGGUCAAGGACAUGGGUGACCAGGCCUCGGGCCACCAGGCCACAGCCACCAUAGAUGUCUCCAUAGUAGAAAACACCUGGGUGCCCCUAGAUCCUGUCCACCUGGCAGAGAAUCUCCAAGUUCCGUACCCACACCACAUUGUCCAGGUACAUUGGAGUGGGGGGGAUGUACAUUAUCACCUGGAGACCCAGCCCCUUGGACCCUUUGAUGUGGACAAGGAGGGGAAACUCUACGUGACCAGGGAGCUGGACCGAGAAGCCCAGGCUGAGUACCUGCUCCGGGUGCGGGCUCAGAAUACCCGCGGUGAGGACUACGCCGAAACUCUGGAGCUGCAUGUGGUGGUGAUGGAUGAGAAUGACAACAUGCCUGUCUGCCCCCCACGAGGCCCCGCAAUCAGCAUUCCUGAGCUCAGCCCCCCAGGUACCAAGGUGGCUAAGCUUUUGGUAGAGGAUGCAGAUGCCCCCGGUUCCCCCAAUUCCCACAUUGUGUAUCGGCUGCUGAGCCCUGAGCCCGAGGAGGGGGCAGAGGGGAGAGCUUUCGAGCUGGACUCCACCUCGGGCAGUGUGACACUGGGGGCUGCCCCCCUCCAAGCUGGCCAGAACAUCUUGCUUCAGGUGCUGGUCACUGACCUGGGAGGAGCAGAGGGCGGCCUCAGCAGCACCUGUGAGAUUGCAGUCACGAUCACGGACAUCAAUGACCAUGCCCCUGAGUUCACCACUUCCCAGAUUGAGCCCCUAAGCCUCCCUGAGGACACAGAGCCUGGGACUGUGGUGACCACACUCAUGGCCACUGACGCUGACCUUGAGCCUGCCUUCCGCCUCAUGGACUUUGCCAUUGAGGCAGGGGAUGUGGAGGGAAACUUCGGCCUGGAUUGGGAGCCAGACUCUGGUCGUGUCCAGCUGCGACUCCUCAAGAACCUCAGCUAUGAGGCAGCUCCAAGUCACAAGUUGGUGGUGGUGGUGCGGAGCGUGGCAGAGCCGGUGGGGCCAGACCCAGGCCCUGGAGCCACAGUCACCGUGACUGUGCUGGUGGAAAGGGUGGUGCCACCCCCUCAGUUGGACCAGGAGAGCUACGAGGCCAGUGUCCCAGUCAGCACCCCCGCUGGCUCCCUCCUGCUGACCAUCCGGCCCUCAGACCCCAUGAGCAGUCCCCUCAGGUUCUCCCUGGUCAACGAUUCAGAGGGCUGGCUCUGCAUCGAGGAGGUCUCCGGGGAGGUGCACAUAGCCCGGCCCCUGCAGGGCGCCCAGCCUGGGGACAUGUACACAGUGCUCGUGAAGGCCCAGGAUAAAGAUGAGCCAACGCUGACCACCUCUGCGAACCUCGUGAUCCACUUCCUGAAGGUCCCUUCUGCCCCAACCCCGACUCUGGCUCCUGUGCCCUCCCGACACCUCUGCACACCCCGCCAGGACCGUGGCGUGGUUGUCGGUGGACCCAGAGGGGACCCUGACCUGGCCGGCGGACACGGUCCCUACAGCUUUGCCCUUGGUCCCAACCCCACGGCGCAGCGGGAUUGGCGCCUCCGGGCUCUCAAUGGGUCCCACGCCUACCUCACCCUGGGCCUGCACUGGGUGGAGCCACGCGAACACGUAGUCCCCAUAGUUGUCAGCCACCAUGACCUGGUGUGGCAGAUCCAGGUCCGAGUGAUCGUGUGUCGCUGCAAUGUGGAGGGGCAGUGCAUGCGCAAGGUGGGCCGCAUGAAGGGCAUGCCCACGAAGCUGUCAGCGGUGGGCAUCCUCGUGGGCACCCUGAUAGCAAUAGGCAUCUUCCUCAUCCUCAUCUUCACCCACUUGACCCUGGCGAGGAAGAAGGACCUAGAUCAGCCAGUAGACAGUGUGCCCCUGAAGGCGGCGGUUUAAAUGGUCCAGGCAGCCCCUCCUGGGAACUUGGCCUCUGGCUCCAUCUGAAUCCACUGGGAGAUGGCCCAGCACUCCAGAUCCACGAGGGCCAGGACAGGGCAGAAGCCCCUUCACCUGCCCUAGGGUGGAGGCAACAUCACCAGACAUAUCUGCAGAGCCUGCACACUGACUAAAUGGGCUGCCCAUGGGAGCACUUCAAAUGGCUCAUGUUUGUCCAAUAAUAAAGCCUCGGAGAACUGGGCAUGGGUCCUAAAGGACUGUGGGCCCAUGUCCAGGUGUCCAUGUGCGUGUGUGCAGUA